AUGUCGCCGCCCCAAGACGGCUUGCGCAAACAGACAACGCUGUACGACGCCGUAGCAGGUCGUGUCGGCUACGAAGGUUUCUUGACGGAGCAGCAGUCUUCAAAAUAUCGAGAUACGACGAGCUCUACACUCGUGCCCAUACCACCGGAAGAGGCCCUGUUCCGACGAAAAGACGCGCCCGCACGCUAUGCUGAGGAUGAUGUCUACGAAGCGGACCGCCACCUGCAACCAGAUCAGAAGCUCCCGGACUCUGACCUACUUAAAGCUGUGCAUGCCUAUGUGGCUGACUUCUACAAAGCCAACCCGGAUAGCCCCAAUAGUUUAGAUGAGCGGUCGAUGGAUGAGACUGCUCUUCUAGCUAUUGGCAUACUUUUGGAGGAAGCAUCCGCCAUGUCACUUGGUAAGACCGGCGAUCUUGCUUUGGUCGAAGCGCCUAGCGAGCUCAAUACUAACCGUACUUACUACUCUGGAGGAAGACUGCAACGGAAGAUUAUCACCAGUCAUCGGACUGGCAGGAGCUCAAUGCCUGGAAGUGCAACAGUUAAGAAGGAAGCGAUAGAGGACGAUUGA